AUUUGACGUGUUUCCGGUUUUAAACCGGAAGUUUAAUGUUUUUCCUGUUUACAUCGGGAAAGCUGCGAGGCUCAAAUAAACACUGCAGCGUUUCUGCAACAAUCAUGUUUGACAGUUGAUCGGUUUGUUGUUUCUCUCAUAUUUAAAGCUGCUUUAUUCCCCUCAUAGUGUGAGCUUUGGUCCGGAUCAUGGCGGGAGCUCGGUGGGGCUGUCUCGGGAUCCCGCUCCUCCUGCUGCGGUGGUCGGGGCUCCUGCUGGCGGCGGAGCAGGUCGCUCUGGUGGAGGUGUUCCUGGAGCACCGGCCAGGUGUCAGCGCCCUUCUGCAGGGGGAGGUGGUGGGCUCCAGCAGGGCCAGCAAGAGCUCCGAGGACCGUGAGGAGCUGGAGGGCAGCCUGGUGUUGGUUAGAGACGAGGAGACGCAGGUGAACGGAGACAACGAUGAAGACGAGCUGAAGGAGCAGGAAACCUGGAUCGGUGUGGUUCCUGUGGAGAUGGACGGCAGCAAAGCCUCCACCGGGAACCAGGAGUCGUUCGCCGACACGGUGGUCAGCAGAAUGAAGCGUGCUCUGGUCCUCGGAGCUUCAGCGCUCAUCAUCCUGGCUCUCAACCAAAACUCAGUCAGUGAGAUGGAUUUGUCUCCAGUUCUGUCCAAACCCGUCAUCGUGAUCCAGACGUCGGAGAACGUCACCCGGCUGUUCGGAGCGCUGCUCAGGGAGCCACGCUCACGCUGUGGUCCAGCUGUGGUCGGUCCAGGGGGGGUCUCUACGGAGAGUGGCAGGGGGUCAUCUGCACCGGGGAGACCAACUCUCAGGUCCAGAAAUACCUGCAGCAGCUGUGGGACACGGUCCUCCUGGUGGUUCUGAUCCUCUGCACCGGAGUCCUGGUCCAGGCCCGCUGGCAGAACCAGGACCACGGGCUCAACAACGACCUGGAGCUUUUUCCCAAACAGGACGUUCUGAGGAGAAUGUCGUCGCUGAAAACCAAACGGUACCGUCAGCCCAAACCCUGGCGCGACCCGUCAGAACCCAUAGAAACAGACAACUGCGCCGUGUGUCUGGAGGCGUUCAACAACAACCAGUGUCUGCGGGUCCUACCGUGUCUUCACGAGUACCACAGGGACUGUGUGGACCCCUGGCUGCUGCUGCAGCACACCUGUCCUCUGUGCAAACGCAGCAUCCUGGGCGUCUGCAGGGACAGCUAACGAUCGCUUCGCCGCUCCGCCUCCUGGGGACCGGAUCCUGACUCCGUCGACACUCCAGUACCCUUUUUUUUUGUUUAUAGCUCUCCAAACUGACCUCACCUCCACAACUUCCUGUUUCCAGCAGUGCAUUAUGGGAACAAACGUCUCGCAGAGACACGGCGGUGGGAUAAACUCAGAGCGGUGACGCGGCGGUGCCGUUGUUACCUUGAAAACUGGACGCGUUUGUGAAAAUGUGGCUUUAAUGUGUAAAAACAGAGAACCUCAAAGUAUUUCUAAAUGUUACAUUCAGUGCUUUUAAUUUGAAACUUAAAGAGAGACGUCUGUUUAAAGGGUCUGUGACAUCAAAUUUUUGCAAUAAACCUGAAUGCAUUUUUGGAAAGAUAACAUUAAUAACAUGUCGCAAAACAA